AUGGCGCUUAAACUUUUCAGCCACCAACAUCCACUUGUGUUCAUCGAGAAGCAGAGCCCCGAAAGUGAGAAGGUUUACUGCUCUGCAUGUGGGGAGCUGAUUUCUGGACCCAGCUUCAGCUGUGCAGAUUGCGGGUUUUUCCUUGACAGGAUGUGCGCCGAGGCGCCUGCUGAGAUGAAUCACCAUUUUCAUCGAGAACACAGCCUUGAACUUCUAAAAAGUUUUGGAAUGCUUGAAGAUGUUCCCCAGAAAGAUGCAUUGGUCUCCGUCGAAAAUUUUCCUGAAAAACUGAAUGAUGCUCUGUGUUGUGCAUGUAGCAAGUGGUUAUGGGAUUCUGCAUACUUUGAUCUUGGCAAUGGAAUUCUCAUUCACAAGAAAUGUGUUGAUUUGCCUCUUGAAAUCAACCAUUUUCUCCAUACCCAACAUUCUCUAGUUUUGCAGUUCAAUACCGAAGGACUCCGUUGUCAAAUAUGCCAAAAAACCAAUACAGAUUUCGCAUCCCCACCACCUGUUGUGAAAGGUGGAAGAAUCCAUGAACACCCAUUCACCUUGUUUUGGAAGCAAGUCCCAUUCAUUUGUGAUGCCUGCGGCACAGAGGGGAGAUGUGCUACUUAUAUUUGUUCUAAAUGCAGUCUUACAGUCCAUGAAGGUUGCAUUUCAUUGUCACCCAUCCUCAAGUUUCCACGACAUCACCACCUGCUCUCGCACACCUUCAUCCUUGGGCAACAUGCGAUUAAAACACGGAAAUGCGAAGCUUGCCCUGAAGAAGUAAAUGCUGAGCAUGGGGUUUAUUUUUGCAUUGAAUGCAAUUAUAUUGUCCAUGUGAAUUUUGCCAUACAAAAUAGAGAGUUUUUCCAUUUCUCUUUUGAGUUGGAACACACAGACAAGCAACUCAAAGCGAAAUCAGCCUUUGUUGUUAUCAAGGAGACUGAACUUGGAGAAGACACUACAGUAGCAGCUUCGGAGAUAAAACAUAGAAGCCAUCAGCAUAACUUGGUUUUGAACGAUGAUUCUGAGGGUGAUAAAGUUUGUGAUGUUUCUGAUACUCCCAAAUUGCAAGGGCAUGAACACCGCCUUUACUAUUACCCAUUCAAUAGAGGGCUAUGUAGUGGAUGUGGAGAUGAGUUACGUGGCGCAUUUACAUGCAGAGAUUGCAAUUUCGCUGUGGAUUGGAAGUGCCUCAGGCUUCCCAGCAAGAUUCUACACAGGUGUGAUGAUCAUCCUCUCACGCUCACCUAUCAGGAGGAUAAUCUUUACUCGAAAUACAAUUACUGCGACGUAUGCGAAAGGCGUAGAGAUCCAUACCAGUCGUUUUACCACUGUGCAAUGUGUAAAACUUCCGCUCAUCGUGAAUGCGUGGUGAAGAGGUACUCAUAG